AUGAUAGUCGACGGACCUGAGGGCGGCGACUCGGCGAAUACCAGGAAGGCUUGGGCCCGACAGCUGUACGUCGGAACAGUAUACGGGCGUGAGGAGGGCUCGAAGAAAGCGUGCCGAGAGCCGAUCACGUUCACCGACAAAGAUUUGCCCACAGGAGAGACACCGCAUCGAGAUGCGCUGGUCAUAGCAAUGGACGUGAACGGAGUAGUCGUUCGGCGAAUCCUGGUCGACACCGGAAGCAGUGUCAACGUGUUAUACUUCGAGACUUUCACAAAGAUGGGAUUGACUCGAGAACAGCUGAAUCUAGUCAAGACACCACUCGCCGGUUUCACAGGGGACUCGGUGGAGGCAGAAGGAUCCAUCACCCUACCAGUUGAAAUUGGCAGUUAUCCCGACGUGCAGAAACUUAGUAUGAAGUUCAUCGUGGUAAACCUAGCCUACUCACACAAUGCUAUACUCGGUCGACCGGGUCUGGAGGAUCUUGGAGCUCUGAUUUCCAUCGAACAUCUCUGCCUGAAAUUUCGCACACCAAGUGGGAUAGGCACGGUGCGUUGUGACAGGAGAGUCGCCCGCGACUGCUACCUGCAGGCCUGCAGGGGGAUGGGCAAGCGUGAGAUGCAGGUCCAUGAGAUCACGGAAAGACCCCCAAAGAAGGUGAUGAUACCUCGCCCUGAGCCGGCCGUAGAAUUGGAAGAGGUCGAGAUCGACCCCGAUCAGCCGGAUAGGCGGGUCCGAAUUGGGGUCGGCCUCCCCGAGGAAGUGCGAGAAGAAAUCAUUAAAGUGCUCCGAGAGCACCGGCUGGUUUUUGCCUGGGGUCCGGAGAACAUGCCCGGCGUCGAUCGAUCCAUCAUUGCCCAUCGACUCGCCGUGGAUCCUGACCAUCGACCAAUCGUACAGAAGAAACGGUAUCUUGCCAAUGAUCGGAGGGAGUUUGUAAAAAAGGAGGUGAGCACGCUGUUGGCCGCGGGCCACAUUCGAGAGGUUAAAUACCCGGAAUGGUUGGCGAACGUAGUUCUUGUACCGAAGCCCCCAGCUUGGCGGAUGUGCGUCGAUUACACCGACCUCAAUAAAGCCUGCCCUAAAGACCCGUUUCCCUUACCUCGGAUCGACCAGUUGGUCGAUGAAACCGCCGGGUCAGCCCUGCUAAGCUUCAUGGACGCCUUCAGAGGGUACCAUCAAAUUUUCAUGCACCUGACAGAUGAGGAGAAGACCGCAUUUCUAACACUGGAUAGAGUGUACUGUUAUCGAGUCAUGCCCUUUGGACUUAAGAAUGCUGGGGCUACUUAUACACGAAUGGUAGCACGGCUGUUCCAAAAUCUGCUGGGAAAGUCCAUGGCCGCGUACGUGGAUGACAUGCUCGUCAAAAGCCGGGAAGAGGGCAAGCAUGCGGGAGAUCUGGCUGACUGCUUUCAAGUGAUGAUAAGAUAUAAUCUUCGGCUGAAUCCUAAGAAAUGUGCCUUUGCGGUGCAAGGCGGAAAAUUCUUAGGAUACAUGGUUACCAAGCGAGGCAUCGAGCCUAACCCUGAGAAGGUCCAAGCCAUCAUCGACAUGCAGCCUCCCAGUACCGUCAAAGACCUACAACGGUUGACUGGUCGACUGGCUGCCCUCAGUCGCUUCCUGAGCAAGGCGGCGGAUAAAACUGUACCCUUCUUCGAGGCCAUGAAGAAGAAGGAAGGCUUCGCCUGGACAGCCGAUAUUAUCCACUCCCCAGGUGGGCCUCUGUUUUUAUACUUGAUCACUUCCCCCAAGGCGGUGGGCUCGGUGCUGGUCCGAGAAGAGGAACGUGCCCAGCACCCGGUAUAUUACGUGAGCCGCUCCUUGAAGGCCGCCGAAACACGGUACACGGCCUUGAAAAAAAUCGUUUACGCGCUGGUAAUCACUGUGCGUAAGUUAGCGCCCUAUUUCCAAGCCCACGCUGUCCGAGUGCUGACUGACCAACUGCUGGGGAGCGUCUUGCGGAACCCCUCGUCGUCCGGUCGCCUGGUGAAAUGGGCCGUGGAAUUAACACAGUACGAGAUCGAGUAUCAGCCACGACCUUCUAUAAAAGGUCAAGCCUUGGUCGACUUCUUGGUCGAAUGCACUCCGGGGGAGGAAGAAAAAGAACGCAUCUCGGAAGAUGGUCUAGGCGAAUGGUGGGAGAUGCACACGGAUAGAGCUGCCAGUCGACAACAUUGUGGGGGCGGAGUCAUGCUAAUCACUCCAGAGGGAUUCCGACUGUAUUACGCCCUGAGCUAUUUGUUCCCUACGUCCAACAACGAGGCCGAAUAUGAGGCAGUGGUGAAUGGCCUUCGACUCGCCAAAGCACUGGGGGUAAAACGAUUGCGGAUCAAAACUGACUCAAGGUUGGUAGUCGGGCAUAUCUUCGGCACAUGUGAGACUAAGAACGCCCGGAUGACCAUGUAUAAGGCGAAGGCGGUAGAGAUGUUAAAGGAGCUUGUGGCCUACAAAAUAGAAUAUAUUUCCCGAACGGACAAUGUGGAGGCCGAUAUAUUGUCCAAGAUCGCCUUGGAAGGAGUUCCAGAUCACCUCAUUAAGAUUUGUCAGAAGGAGGAACUAAGUCGGCCAAGUAUCGAGGAAACGCCAUUGGAAGUCCAGCAGGUGGCUUGUGAAGAGUGGGAUCGAGAGAAAAACCCCGAGAUGUUUUGGAUCAAUGAUAUCCGACGGUUUAAAGAGACAGGCGAAUUGCCCGAAGACCCAGGAGUCGCCGCCAGGGUUCGAAGGAAAGCCCAUUCGUUCCAAAUCAUCGAUGGGCAACUGUACAAGCGGUCAUUCGGAAGCCCUCUUUUGAAAUGCCUGCUCAGGCCCGAGGCUGAGAAGAUAAUGGAUGAAGCUCAUAGGGGCAUUUGCGCUGCUCACCAGGGUGCCCACACACUUGCCAAGCCUUCGCCAGGAAGGACACCCGGCCGGCCACCUUUUACACACCAGUGA